UUCCAUCAACUAAAGACUCUUCUUCCUGACGCUCCUGACGCGAGCGACAAACCUGGCCCCAAAAACAUGGGGAACAUCGGGAGUUCCUGCAUGCGUGACUGCUCUCGCGGGGAUGAAGUGGAUCAACCCUUGGUGAAGCUCAUCCCGCUUCUGUGUCCGAGCACCUCUGCAACCAAGAUGCCCAUUGAGCGGGUGAGCUCCGCGCAGGAGGGGUCCGAAGAACAAGCAGAUUCCCACACUGAGCUGCCGGUCAAUGCAGGACAGCAAAUCUUUUUUCAGCAGCACCCCAGCAGUUCCUCCAAGGGCGCGAAGGGCCAAGCCGAUGACGUGCCGCAGGAGGAUGCGCGAGGCGUGCCAGUGGUGCCAAACUGGUUUCAGGUCUUGCAGCCAGCGGGGCAGCGCCUGCCGAAGGAAUCGCCGCGCUUCGACGAAGUCUCGACCAUGGCGACGCCCCGCGAGGGCGGCGAGUUCCGGACGCCAGGCCCUACGCCUCGCCCGGACAUGAAACCAUCCCCACGGGAGGAGGAGGAACGAGAGCCUGAGAUCAGCUAUGAGGGCACCUACCUGGGCACCAUGAAGCAUGGCCGGGGCCGUGUGCGCAUGCAGAACUACACCUACGAGGGGGAGUUUCAGAACGACCUGAAGCACGGGCAGGGUGUACUGGAAUGGGACGAUGGCCGGCGCUACGAGGGAGGGUUCCGAGAGAACAAGUUCCACGGAGCCGCAGUGAUGCAGUGGCCUGACGGCCGGCGGUAUGUGGGGCAGUAUGCCGAGGACCGGAAACACGGUCAAGGCACCUUCUCAUGGCAGGAUGGCCGGCGCUACGAGGGGCAAUGGGUCUCUGGGCGAAGACAUGGUGUGGGCGUUUACACCAACGCCAAGGGCUUCACUCGCCGUGGCUCCUGGCAACAAGACCGGCCCAUUCGAUGGGAGGAGCCCAUGGAGCAUGCCGCGGGAACGCCGCUGGACGCGAAGGUCCCCUCGGCGCAGCCGGAGGCUCUCAAUGAUGAUGAGGAGGUCAUUGAGGUGAGCACCCUUUGAGACGCUGGAGGCUCACAAAGUCGCUUCUUGGUUGCCUGAGUGGCCUAGCUGCUGCCAUAGUUUCCAGACUCGGUGCUUUGCCUGCAAAAGUGAACGACAC